CAAUGGGGACUUCUAACACUUUCCACCUUGCUGAAAUUGAGUUUGAUGGGAACAUAUCAUUCGACAGAUUUUGAAGUUCAUCGAAAUUGGCUGGCAAUAACGCAUUCUUUGCCGGUAUCUCAGUGGUAUUUCGAUACAGGCUCGAAAUGGACGUUGGAUUAUCCGCCCUUCUUUGCAUAUCUGAGUUGGCUAUUGAGCAUACCGGCAGCUCGCUGGGAUCCCCGGAUUGUUGACUUGAAAGGUGGAUUGGAAUACGAUGAUUGGUCGUGCAAAGUUUUCAUGAGAUUAUCAGUAAUUGUGACAGAGCUCACUUUUAUAACCGCCCUCUUCGCCUUGAGUAGGCCCUCGAAAGCACCAGGAUCAAAUCCGAAACAUACCUUGCCUGCAUGGGCCGUUGCAGCUUUGGUACUACACCCUGGUUUAAUCAUCAUCGAUCAUGUCCACUUCCAAUACAACGGCUUUCUUUACGGGGUACUUUUCUGGUCCGUAUGGGCAGCUAGAGAAGGAAGGCCGUUGCUUUGUGCUUUCCUCUUCUCUAGCCUGUUGAAUUUCAAGCACAUUUAUGUCUACAUCGCACCGGCCUUCUUCGUUUUCCUGCUGCAAUCAUACGUUAUCAAAGGUCAAUCGGACAAGAACACUAUCAGCUUCUCUGGAGCAGGGGAAAGACUAUUCACACUUGGUACGAUCACUCUACUUCCUUUUGCUGCAAGUCUUACGCCAUUGCUUUUGUCCGGCUUGACAAGUACAGCUCCUGCCGGUCCGAUCGGCAUACUACAACAGAUGGUGAGCCGUCUGUUCCCGUUUAGCAGAGGCUUGAAUCAUGCUUAUUGGGCUGCCAAUGCUUGGGCACUAUACACUUUUGCAGAUCGUGCGCUUGUCAAACUACUUGGGCUGACAUCGGAGCAAGGUAAUGUUACAAGAGGAAUAUUGGGCGAUACUUAUUUUGACGUUUUACCUCAAAUCAGUGCUGGACAUUGCUUCCUUUUGACGUUGGCGUUCACUCUACUCUUAUGCACGAGACUAUGGACAAGACCUACAUAUGGCACGUUUGUGGAAUCGAUUGCUCUCUUUGGUCUCACUUCGUUCUUAUUUGGCUUUCAUGUCCAUGAGAAGGCCAUUCUUAUUGCUCUUUUGCCAUUGACUCUCUUGUCAGCAUGCUCGUACACAAUGAUGCGAAAGACUCUCAUCCUGAGUGUUGCAGGUGUGGUCGGACUGUUUCCACUUCUAUUUGAGGCGCAAGAACUACCAAUCAAAAUAAUCUGGACGCUUCUUUGGUUGAUCAAAACACCUUUCAGCUCAACACUUGGACUACGCUUUUCCUCCUCACAAGGUUAUUUCGAUCAUCAUACACCUACGAAUAUUGAUCUAUUGAUACAUUUUGCUGAAGAUGUCUACAUCGCAGGCUUCGUCCCGCUGGUCAUCUUUGUGGAAUUCAUUCAUCCGAUGAUCUUUGGUACAGGGGCUUUCGGUCUAUAUUUUAGUCCAACGUCUACAUUCAAAGAUAUUCUAUCUGAGACAUCAAUUGCUCAAAAUAAAGUACUCUCUUUUGCAUCAGCAGCUGCUUCUUCUGCUGUGGAUGCUAUUGGCCAAGCUGUCGGCCAGACUGCAUCUACACAAGGUAAUGUAGAGGCAAUCUCCUCUUCUGCUUCAUCAGCUGCCUCUUUGGCAUCUUCGGCUGCAUCUUCUAUCGUGAAUGCUGCAACGGCAUCAAUGUCUAGCGCUUCGACAAAUCAAGCCGAACAAAUCAUUGCACAAGCUGCAUCUUCUGCUUCUUCGAUUGCCUCACAAGCCAUCUCGAAAACUACAAAUAAUGCAAUCGUGGAUGCGGCUGUUCAGAUUUCGUCAAUUGAUGAACCAAAAUAUGCUUUCUUACCUUUGAUGAUGACCAGCAUUUAUUGUGCAAUCGGAGUCGUUUGGAUUUGGUUCAGCUUGAGUGCUAGAUUUCUA